AUGGCGGCCUGUCGCCCCUGCGAGCGAUUCAUCACCAGGGGACCAGAUGGGAAGCUCUGGAUGAAUAGUGGUUUCUUUGACAAUGUGCGAGAUAACCACGGGCAGGACAUUCUCCUCCUCGAACGGAGGGAAUUUCUGCGAAUCCUAUACGACUGCCUCCCCGACAAGUCUCCCUUUAAACUUGGAUGCAAAGUUCGCGAUAUCACUCAGGAUAGCACCGGGGUCGAGGUGAUCCUCGAGAACGGGGCUGUCGAACGAGGGGACAUGGUGUUGGGCUGCGACGGCGUGCAUAGCCUGGUGAGACAAAGAAUGUGGGAUCUUGCUAACCAGAAGAUUCCCCGGAUUAUCACGGCUCAGGAGAAGACCUCGAUGGUCACCAGGUGGAAGUGCCUGGUCGGAAUGGGGCCUCCAGCACCGGCGCUAGGUGAAAGGGAUAUGACUGUGGUUCACGACGACGGAUACUCGUUUCUGUUCCUCACGCAGCCGGACAAGCUGUUCUUCUUUGUAUUCUUCCGGUUGGAACACGAGUUCUGCUGGCCAGAAAGGCGACAAUACACCGAUGCAGAUGCCGAGACGUUGGGCUGCGACUAUUGCUAG